CCACCACCACAUUUAGAGUUGGAACAGCCCAAGAAAUCACUCCGGGCAGCUGGGGCCUCCAGAGCCCUCAUUCUUCUCUUUCAGCUGCACUGAAAUCUGCAAAAAUUCUUUGCUGCAAGAAAACCAGGGUUAUGUCCUCAGAAGAUGAUGUUGGUGGGGAGGCUCCUGGGGGCAGUUUCUGGGAGGCUGGUAACUACAGGCGGACAGUGAAGCGUGUAGAUGAUGGGCACCGUCUCUGUAACGACCUCAUCUCCUGCUUCCAGGAGCGAGCCAAGAUUGAGAAGAACUAUGCCCAGCAGCUAACAGACUGGUCCCGCAAAUGGAGGACCGCUGUGGAGAAGGGCCCUCAGUAUGGCACACUAGAGAAGACUUGGCACGCCUUCCUGACAGCCGCAGACAAGUUGAGCGAGAUCCAUCUAGAGGUGCGGAACCAUCUUGCUGGUGAAGAUGCAGACAAGAUCAAGGCCUGGCAGAAGGAGGCCUACCAUAAGCAGAUGAUUGGUGGGUUCAAGGAGACUAAAGAGGCAGAGGAUGGAUUCCGUAAGGCCCAGAAACCCUGGGUGAAGAAGCUGAAAGAUGUGGAGACCUCUAAGAAGAACUAUUUCACAGCCCGGAAGGAUGAGAAGACGGCACAGACACGUGAGAACCAUGCCAAGGCAGAUUCCUCCAUCUCGCAGGAGCAGCUGCACAAGCUGCAGGAGCGUGUGGAGAAAUGUGCACAAGAGGCUGAGAAGUGUAAGGAUCAGUAUGAGAAGAUGCUGGAGGAGCUAAACCGCUACAAUCCCCGCUACAUGGAGGACAUGGAACAGGUGUUUGAGGGCUGCCAGGAGGCAGAGUGCAAGCGACUGUGCUUCUUCAAGGAGAUGUUCCUGGAUCUACACCAACACCUCAACAUCUCCACUAACGAAAGUUUCCAUGCACUGUACCGGGAUCUGUACCAGGGAAUCGUGGCUGCAGAUGACCAGGAGGACCUGAAAUGGUGGCGCAAUACACAUGGGCCAGGCAUGGCCAUGAAUUGGCCACAGUUUGAGGAAUGGACCCUGGAAACCCAGCGGCCAAUCAGCAAGAAGGCGAAAAGCAGUAAAAGUGCUGAAGAUGUGACACUGACCAGCAUUGUGCCCACACGGGAUGGUGUCUCUCAGACCCCUCCACAGACACGGCGAGGCGGCGGGAAAGAGGACAUGUCGGAGUGGUCCGAUGACGACACUCCCAAGAAAUGCCUGGAUGCCAAUGGGCACGAGGAGGACAUAAAAGUACCAGGCGUACAGGUGCGAGCGCUGUAUGAUUACACAGGACAGGAGGCUGAUGAACUGAGCUUUAAAGCAGGUGAAGAGCUAAUGAAGAUCAGUGAAGAGGAUGAGCAGGGCUGGUGCAAAGGCCGGCUUCACACUGGCCAGGUUGGACUCUAUCCUGCUAACUAUGUCAAGAGGGUGGGAUCAUGAUUGCUACUCUCAUCUUGAGGUGUGUGUGUGUGUGUCUCGCAUGUAUAUCAGCAUCUCCUGCAGAGGUCACCAGGUCACUGCUGGGCCCCUAACCCACAUCAACAGCAUAUGUAGCAAUUUCUGGACUCUCUGGGGACAUUUAUUUCUUGUAAUCAGUGCUUCAUUUUAAAAUUCUAGAGCUGUAGGGAUUUUCUAAUAAACAAAAA